AUGGAGAAAUUCGUAGUGGGCGUGGCAUCGGCGGCGUCGACGAUCGCCUGCCUUGCGUGCCUUAUUGUCAUCCCACAGCUCUACAACACAAUUCACGAGGUACAUGAGGAGGUCCUCGAUGGUGUCAGCGUGUUUCGUCUCGAGACCGAUGCCGCCUGGACCGAUAUGAUGGAUAUCCAGAUCACCGUCACGCCGCCAUCGAAGCCACGUGUCAAUCCGUUCAACUCGAUCUUCCGUCAGAAGAGGCAGGACUUUUCGGGCCUGCCGGCCUGGUGCCAGUGUGAGCCUGCGAAACCUGUAUGCCCGCCAGGCCCACCUGGACCACCAGGCGAACCUGGACAGCCAGGAGCUGCCGGACCUCCGGGACCCCCAGGAGAGGAUAAUACCUCGACAUAUGCGCCGCUCACUUGUCCACCGCAAGAUCGCAGCUGUGUGCAGUGCCCUGCUGGACCCGCCGGACCACCAGGACCCGAGGGACCCGCUGGAUCUUCUGGCCCCGAUGGACAGCCUGGCGCGCCAGGAAACCCAGGAAACGACGGACCACCGGGUCCACCAGGACCCGCUGGAGACGAUGGAGCUCCAGGUGGCAACGGGCCGGAUGGAGAAGCUGGGCCACCAGGAAAAGACGGCGAACGAGGACAAGGCCAGCCUGGACCACUAGGACCACCAGGGGCUCCAGGACCAGCUGGGCCAAAUGGAGACAAUGGAAGUCCAGGAUCCGACGGAGCACCAGGCCCGCAAGGACCACCAGGACAGGAUGGAACUCCUGGAAACCCAGGAAACGAUGGGCAGCCAGGAGGCGUCGGAGGCCCAGGACUUCCAGGAAACGAUGCGGCCUAUUGCCCAUGCCCACCAAGGAGUGCAGUAUUCGUCAAUCGCUUUGCCCAUUAA